AUGUCUUGUAAUUUAUUUGCAAAAGGAUUAAGCAAGUUUAGGUUUUCAACUAAGAAAGACAGGAUUCUUCUUGGAGCAUUAGAUUAAAGUACUACAGGUACUAAAUUUGUUGUAUUUGAUUCAUUAGGAAAUCAAAUACAACAGGAUAUGAUUCCUCAUGAGCAAAUCACACAAAAGCCUGGUUGGCUUGAGCAUAAUCCUGAAUAAAUUCUAGAAAAUGCUAAUAAAGCUAUUUAAAAUACUGUGAAGAAAUUAGAAUAAGACGGAUUUUCCAUAUCUUAAAUAAAGAGCAUUGGUGUAACUAAUUAGAGAGAAACUGUAGUUGCCUGGAAUAAAAAAACAGGAAAACCUUACAACAAUGCAUUGGUGUGGAGUGACACACGUACUAGAGAAAUUUGCAAAAAAUAUUUGGAAAAAAAUAAUGGAAAUGCAAAUUAUUAUUCAAAGAUAACAGGAUUGCCUAUUAACACUUACUUUUCUUCAUACAAAAUUAGAUGGUUACUUGAAAAUGUCCCUUAAAUCAGAUAAGAUUUAUUCAAAGAUGUUGCUUUUGGAAACAUGGAUUCCUGGUUGGUUUGGAAUCUCACUAAAGGAAAUCACUUCACAGACGUUACAAAUGCUUCAAGAACAUCUCUUCUUAACAUCAAAAAUCUUAAAUAUGAAAAAUCUAUAUUGAAUGACUUUGAAAUUCCUGAAGAAACACUGCCUAAGGUUCUUUCUAGCUCACAGGAGUUUGGUAUAAUUUAAGAUGGCCCUUUAAAAGGAAUUCCUAUAACAGCAUGCCUUGGAGAUUAGCAAGCAGCAAGUGUUGGUCAUGGUCUGUUUAAUCUUGGAGAUUCUAAAAAUACAUAUGGAACAGGAUGCUUCUUCUUAGUUAAUACAGGAACUGAACCUCGCUUUGUUGAAGGAGGAGGUCUUUUAACAACUAUCCUAUAUAAAUUAGGGAAGAAUGAACCAACAGUAUAUGCAUUAGAGGGAUCUAUCGAGGCAGGUGGUUCUUCAAUCAAUUGGGCUAGGGAUAAUAUGGGACUUUACAAAGAUUUUCAUGAACUUAAAGAUUUGAUUGACAAAACAAAAGAUACUUAAGGUGUUUACUUUGUUCCUGCAUUCAGUGGCUUGUUUUCACCCUUUUGGAGAGAAGAUGCUGCUGGUUGUAUAUUAGGAUUAACUAUGCACUCAAAGAAAGAACACAUAUUAAGAGCUUUGCUAGAGGGUAUAGCUUACAGAACAAGAGAUGUCGUUGAAGCUUUUGAAGCUACAGCUGGAUAUAAAAUAGAUUCUUUGAAGAUUGAUGGAGGUCUCUCUAAGAAUAAAUUUUUAAUGUAAUUUUAGGCAGAUAUUUUAUAAAAAGACAUAUAUCAAACUAAGGUAGUAGAUAGCACAUGCUUAGGAGUAGCAUUUGCUGCUGGACUUUCAUCAAAUGUUUACAAAGACGUUGAAGAAUUAAAGUAAUAUAUAGAAAUAGAAACUAAAGUUUAAUACAACUCUUAGUUCUCAAAUUAAGCAGAAGAAUAAUAUAAAAAGUGGAAGAAAGCUAUUCAAAGAUCUAUGGAUUGGAAAGAUUGA